GUCACAUCAUCGUUUAUCAGGUUUCAUCUGUCGACUUUCAUCUUGCGAAUUGGUCAACCUGAAUCACCAGCGUCUCUUCUGCUCAGUGAGAUGCUCUCGGAAGCGAUUUGAGAAGGACUUGGUGGGACGACACCGGUCGGGCUCUACAACUGCAAAUUUUCCAGUCCAAGAAUCCGCUGGCUAACACUGUUAUCUCAACUGAAGGCUAGGUCUUGCUCCCGGCCUGCAAAUCCACCACUUCGUCAUGGGUUCGAGAUCACCCAGCCAGUCUGAGGGCGAAAUCUUGACGUCAGACUCGGAAGCGAAGGCAAAGAACAUACCAUCUUUCCGCAAUAACAGCAAGAUUGACCGUCGUGCCAGACCAUCUUCCAUUCCCUACAGCUCUACGUCUAGAUCACAUCGAUCGCGUUCGAGAUCGCCUUACCGAGCUCACAGGGGCGAGAAGCGCCCCCGCGACCAUGACCACUCGAGAAAUAGAUCCCAUAAUGACACGCGCACCUUUGCUGUGAGGUACGAGGAUGACGCUUACCGUCGCCGACGCAACGAAUCCUACGAAGAAAGACGCUCAAAGCGGUCGCGAACCUAUUCUCGGAGCCGCAGCAGGAGUCGCUCACCAUAUAGACAUUCUCGUCGAAGGGAGGAAGGAAUGGACGGCUCUGCAAUCACCCGAGAUCAAGGUAGCAGGUUUGAGUCCAACUCCAAACAUGCAGGUGCUCAACCGGGGAAAGACGGGACCCCAGAAACCUCACAAUCAACGCCCUCGCAUGGCCUCCCGUCGGACCAUGUCACCUCUAACUUGGUACCUCGGCCAGGAUCUCAUGUUGCAGCAGGACAGGGACAGAACAGGGGUCGAUCAGAAAAUGCCACGGCCGUUCCCGUUGGCAGCAUCACCCAGGAGAGCGAAGAGCCUAAAGUCAUAGACGAGGCUGCUUUGAUUGAAGAGCGACGGAAGCGUCGUGAGGCCAUUAAGAACAAAUAUCGUGGCCAAGCUCCACCGCUGUUGGUUCAGGCACUUCAUCUAGGGGCUGAGUCGACCCCAACAAGUCCUGCGCCGGACAGCUAUGCUACAACGCCACGUCGAUCCGAAUCCCCUGUGUCGUCCUCGCCUCGGACGCCGAGAGAUAUAUCUGCGCCGCAGUCUCCUGCGGAGAUCAAGUUCGAUAACGAUGCAGAUCUGACUAACACUGAUAGAAGAUCUCCGGCUGAAGAUGGCCCUUCAGCUGCCGACUAUGAUCCCACUGUGGACAUGGAGGAGGAACGAGCACGGCAUGAAAAACGUCUCUUCAAAGAAGAUGAGACAUCCCUAGAGCAGGCAGAUCAAGCAGUAACCGAAGCUGACGACAAGUCUGAUCCUCCCCCUUCCAAGGCGACUGGUGAGUUCGACAUGUUUGCCGACGAGGAUGAUGACGACGAUAUGUUUGCCGAAGCUCCAAUGAAGCCUAAAGCCGGGAUAAAGACUGCACAGGCCCUGGACGUCAAUCUCAUGGACAAUUGGGAUGAUCCUGAAGGGUAUUACAUAACAAUCCUCGGUGAGCUGAUCGAAGACCGAUACCAUGUCACUCAGAACCUUGGAAGAGGGAUGUUCUCCUCUGUCGUCCGAGCCACUGAUAGACGAACCGGCAAACCGGUCGCAAUCAAAAUCGUCCGGAAUAACGAAACCAUGCGUAAAGCAGGAAUCAAGGAAAUCGACAUUCUCAAAGACAUUGCCGCCAAUGAUCCAGAAGACAAGAAGCAUGUCAUUCGCCUCCAACGAUCAUUCGAUCAUAAAGGUCAUCUUUGCAUGGUUUUUGAAAACCUUUCGAUGAACCUGCGGGAGGUGCUCAAGAAGUUCGGCAGAGACGUGGGUAUCAAUAUCAAGGCUAUCCGAGCAUACGCGCAGCAACUCUUUUUGGGACUGAGCUUGCUGAAGAAAUGUCAAUACAUACACGCUGAUCUGAAACCAGACAACAUCCUCGUCAACGAAGCCAGGAGUACGCUGAAGAUCUGUGAUUUGGGGUCGGCCUCUCCCAUCACCGAGAACGCCACUGCUCCGUAUCUCGUUUCGCGCUUCUACCGGGCUCCCGAAGUCAUCCUUGGUAUUCCUUACGACUACGGCAUUGAUAUGUGGUCCAUUGGAUGCACCCUUUUCGAACUCUACACGGGGAAGAUCUUGUUCACAGGUCGCAACAACAAUGGCAUGCUUCGUGCAAUCAUGGAGUGUCGUGGAAAGUUUCCGCACAAACUCCUCAGGCGUGGUACCCUGACGUAUGAAUACUUUGACGACCUCCUCAAUUUCCGAGCUCAAGAAACAGACAAGGUCACCGGGCGGACAAUAAUAAAAGUGAUAGACAUCAAGCCAAAACCAGUCCGAGAUUUGAGGUCCCGGUUGAUUCCGAAAGACAAGCGAAUGAACGAGCAGGAGCGCAAAGAGCUGGACUUGUUUGUGGACCUACUGGAUAAGUGUUUGGACUUGCGACCGGAGAAGCGUCUCACGCCCAACGAUGCGCUGAAGCACCCUUUCAUCUCAAGGGUUAAGCCAUGAGCAGGAUGAUCCUGGGAUAUUUGAUCUGGGCCAGCUGCCGAAAAUGAUCCAGCAAUGAUACUAUCUAGCGAUUUGCAGCCUCUUCAGUCAAUCCAUAUCUUCGUUUAGCCCCCAAAUGGUGAUUUUGACUGCUGACUCAAGGCUGUAUGAUAUCGCCGUCGUUCCCGCAGCUUAUUUGUUCUACCCUGUCGGUUCCCCAUCGGGGGUGUGCAAGUGGCGAGAGAUGUCUUGUGAAAUCUUGUUGCUAGGUCUUGCAAUAUCCCGAGACACGGCGACUACAGACGUCCCCGUUCCAAGACAAGAAGACAACGUCCGAAGGUUGUGCCUUACGUAUCUUGCAAACACUGCUUCCAUUUCACAGGGAGCAUCGGAAGCAUACGUCUCUUCGAUGCAUCGCGUGUGAAGCACCUGGAAUGAUCAGAAGCCUGGUGAUGAAGAGGGGAUUCGAGUCUGUCCUUGAUGAACUUGGCGAGAGGUCAUGAAUGAAGCGCACAUUGGGCCUGGAAUAAAAAAACGGGGGGAAGGAGGAAGAAAACCUUGUGUGGUUGUUUUGUCACGAAAAGAAAACAAGUACGCACCAGCAAGGAUUGAACCCCCAGACCCUUCUUCCUACCAAGUCUUCUGUCUCAAGGAGCAAAAAACUCAGACUUGUGAGAAAACCCUCGGAAGGAUUUUUUUGUUCCUCAUUCGGUUGGCUCGAUGGUUGAGUUGCUCCCACCUAUAGCUUCGUAUCCCUCACAGAGCUCCUACACAGUCCAAUCACUAUGAUCCUGCACACGAUCGCAGACUAUGAAUUAGGGAGAUACUGGGUAGAGCUCCUACAUAGCCAAUGCUCCGGCACAGUCACUACUAACUUGGGUGCGAAUUAGGGAGAUGAUUCGGUCAAGGAAGACAAUGGACAAGACUUAUUGCUUCAAAGUCAUUUCGCUCGGUCGAAUGUUGGGAGAGAUUUGGGCCUUCAAAUGUAU